GGGCUUCCGAGGCGGCCUCUCGUGCGAUCCAGGGCGCGCAGGGCUGGGAGAGCGAUCAGGGCCCCCGCUCUCCGCACCCGAGGUUGGAAGGGGGUGGGUCGCCGCUGCUCCCGGGCGAGAGCGCCAGAGCAGCGGGAGGAAGGAGCGCUCGCCCGCCCGCCGCCUCGCUGACUCCUCGGCGCUCGCUCUCUGGACUUCUAGGUUUGCUGGCUGCUCCUCCCACCCGCGCCCGCCUCCUCGCUCGCCUGCUCGCUCGCUGGAGCUGGUUUCCAAGCCCUGCGGUGCGCCCGGGCGAGUGCGGGGCAAGGGGCCCCCGGCCAGCGCCGAACAAGGGGCGGGGGUCGGGGCAGAGCGCAGCCGGCCGGGGAGGGGCCAUGUCUGGCGCGGGCGCAGCGGGGCCCGUCUGCAGCAAGUGACCGAGCGGCCUGGACGGCUGCCUGCCCCCGUCUGCCACCUGGGGCGGCGCGGGCCCCGCCGCCGGGAGCCCGGAGCCCGGGUCGCGCGUAGAGCCGGCGCGAUGCACGUGCGCUCGCUGCGCGCCGCGGCGCCGCACAGCUUCGUGGCGCUCUGGGCGCCCCUGUUCCUCCUGCGCUCCGCCCUGGCCGACUUCAGCCUGGACAACGAGGUGCACUCGAGCUUCAUCCACCGGCGCCUCCGCAGCCAGGAGCGGCGGGAGAUGCAGCGUGAGAUCCUCUCCAUCUUGGGCUUGCCCCACCGCCCGCGCCCCCACCUCCAGGGCAAGCACAACUCGGCGCCCAUGUUCAUGCUGGACCUGUACAAUGCCAUGGCGGUGGAGGAGGGCGGCGGGCCCGACGGCCAGGGCUUCUCCUACCCCUACAAGGCCGUCUUCAGCACCCAGGGCCCCCCUCUGGCCAGUCUGCAAGAUAGCCACUUCCUCACCGACGCCGACAUGGUCAUGAGCUUCGUCAACCUCGUGGAGCAUGACAAAGAAUUCUUCCACCCACGCUACCACCAUCGGGAGUUCCGGUUUGAUCUUUCCAAGAUCCCAGAAGGGGAAGCUGUGACCGCAGCAGAAUUCCGGAUCUACAAGGACUACAUCCGGGAACGCUUCGAUAAUGAGACGUUCCGGAUCAGCGUCUACCAGGUGCUCCAGGAGCACUUGAGCAGGGAGUCGGACCUCUUCCUGCUGGACAGCCGCACCCUCUGGGCCUCGGAGGAGGGCUGGCUGGUCUUCGACAUCACAGCCACAAGCAACCACUGGGUGGUCAACCCGCGGCACAACCUGGGCCUGCAGCUCUCGGUGGAGACUCUGGAUGGGCAGAGCAUCAACCCCAAGUUGGCGGGCCUCAUCGGGCGGCACGGGCCCCAGAACAAGCAGCCCUUCAUGGUGGCUUUCUUCAAGGCCACGGAGGUUCACUUCCGCAGCAUCCGGUCCGCGGGGAGCAAGCAGCGCAGCCAGAAUCGCUCCAAGACGCCCAAGAACCAGGAAGCCCUGAGGAUGGCCAACGUGGCAGAGAACAGCAGCAGCGACCAGAGGCAGGCCUGCAAGAAGCACGAGCUGUACGUCAGCUUCCGCGACCUGGGCUGGCAGGACUGGAUCAUCGCGCCUGAAGGCUACGCGGCCUACUACUGCGAGGGGGAGUGUGCCUUCCCUCUGAACUCCUACAUGAACGCCACCAACCACGCCAUCGUGCAGACGCUGGUCCACUUCAUCAACCCGGAGACGGUGCCCAAGCCCUGCUGUGCUCCCACGCAGCUCAACGCCAUCUCUGUCCUCUACUUCGACGACAGCUCCAAUGUCAUCCUGAAAAAGUACAGGAACAUGGUGGUCCGGGCCUGUGGCUGCCACUAGCCCCCUCCUGGAAACCAGACCCUGCAGGGCCGUGUUUUUCCUGGAUCUGCCACCGCCUGCCUUGGCCGGGAGCCCGCAGCCCAACUGCCUUACAUGAGACUUUCCCUUCCCCCACCCCAACUGUAAAGGUGUAAGAGUAUGAAGGAAUUUGAGCGGCACAUGGCUUUUGAUCAGUUUUUGGGCGGCGGCAUCCCAUGGACAAGAUCCUACACGCUGCUUCAGGCAAAACCUAGCAAGAAACAACAUCUAGGAAGAAAAAUUGCCUGGCCAGGGUCACUGGCUGUGACGUCUCGGCCGUGCCCAGACUUGUUUUCAGGGGUAAUUCUGAGCGCCCGCCCACCUGCCAGCCGGGCCACCCGGCAGCAGGGGGAAGGGGGCGUGGCGAGGGGUGGGCACAUUUGUGUCUGUGCAGAAAGAAAACUGAAGCGGAAGUUCCUGUAAUAAAUGUCACAAUAAAACGAAUGGAUGAAAAUGGUUAGGAUGUUACAGAUAUAUUUUCCUAAACAAUUUAUCCCCAUGUCUUGGUUUAUUCUGAUUCACAAACAGAAGCCGUGUCCCGCCGAGGGUGGCGUGUUUCAGGUUUCGUUCUGAGGCUUGCAGCGGCCCACUGUUUACCGAGCCUCGCCCGGAUCUGAGAUCUGGUGGGGAAGAGAAAGGGCAGAUGUUUGCUCGGAGGAGGAGGGCAGGGUGUUGACCUUGAAGGAAAAAUGUGUUCCAUCGUCCAGCUGGGUGUGCGGUGGCUGAAAUUAAAGUAGGCGCGUGAAACACUGGCAGACAUUCGGGAUUGGCUUUCCAGCCCGCCCCGUGGUGGGGGAGCAUGUGAAAUUGCGCAAGGGACCAGGACAGCAAGUAGAUGGAACUUGCAGCGGGACCCUGAUGCUGAGGGGCCCCAGGAAGGCUGGUUCUCAGUGAGAGGGGGGAACAGGGUCUCUGCAUGUCCUCUGAGUGGAGCCCCGUCCUUUGGCUGUCGAAGCAUUCUGAAGCCAGGUUCUGGUGAUAGCAUAGAUCCCUGUUACAGGCUCUGCAGAGAAACCGGCUCCUUGAAGUAAGGGAGAGAUGGCAUAGUGGGAGGUCUGAUGGGUGCAGGGUGUGCUGGACUCGAAUGGCAAAGCGAGCGAUCUAGAAGCUGUGUCGAGGGUGACAUCCUAACCAAGCAUCCUGACUUGGAGGUGGUGUUUCUGACCUGGUUGUUGGGACAAGCCCCCCUUGCGUUGGCCAGCGGGUCUCAGAUGGGGUGUGCACCCAGCCCCCGGCUGCAAACACAAGGCCUUGGGGAGGACUGGGCUGUUUGUGAAUAUUUCCUGCACCUGCAAAAAGAACAAGGUUAGCCACGAAGGCUUGUGUCCCUGCGGAAUCCAGUCUAGUGGGAAAAUGUUUCUCUGUCUUGACUAAGUUGAUUCCUGGAAAUAUUGGGGCUCUGUUUUUAUUUUCUUUUAUUUUUUUCUUCUUCGGUAGCUUGGGCUGCAGCCUUUACUCUGCCUAGUCACUGGAGGAAGCAUAUUUUUUGUUAUAUUUUGUUUCAUUUGUUGGCAGAUCUGGGUUUUUUUUGUGGGACUCCUUCUUGGUGCAAGUUUUCUUACCACUUAACGACCCAACCAGCCUCUGGUUAGCAUCAUUUGUACAUUUAAACAUGUAAAUAGUUGUUAUGAAACAAAGAAAUUAUUUAUUUCCAUCUGAAGCCUUUUUUAAACCCUCCUUUAAUCCCUUGUCCAGGACAAUGAGCUUGCUGUCCUUUGACCUGUUUGUUUUCUUAUUUAAGACUAUUUAUUAUUGGUUGGACCAAUGUACCCCGGCCGUUGCAUAGAGCAGUCCUUAGUGAAAAUUCUGUAUAAAUAGACAAAAUAAAAAAGGUUUGACUUUGCAAUAAAAGGAGACAUUUGGUUCUGG